GCCAAUUAUCAGUCCAAUCGAACAAUUGCAAUGAUUAGUCUUAAGGUGUCAUUGUCGCUGCUGGUGGCGACGACGACGACGGCCAUCCUCUUCGUAGCAGCUCAGCAGCCAGUCACCGAUCAGAAGGAUUGGUGGGAAACGGCCGUCUUUUAUCAGAUCUAUCCGCGAUCGUUCUUCGACUCCAACGAUGAUGGCACCGGUGACGUUAAGGGAAUUACUGCUAAGUUGCAACAUCUGAAGGAUACCGGGUUCGAGGCAACUUGGCUCAGUCCCAUUUUCAAAUCUCCCCAAGAGGACUUUGGAUACGAUGUGAGUGAUUUCAUCUCGGUGGAUCCACUGUUCGGCACGAACGAGCACCUGGAAGAACUGUUUGUCGAAGCAAAGAAACUUGGAAUCAGGAUCGUCUUGGAUUUUGUGCCCAAUCAUUCGAGCAAGGAGCACGAGUGGUUCAAGAUGUCUGAGGAUAAAAUUGAUCCCUAUACGGAUUACUACGUGUGGGUUGAUGGCAAGCUAGAUGGUGCCGGAAAUCGAACAGUUCCAAACAAUUGGCAAUCCGUCUUCUAUGGGUCGGCUUGGGAGUGGAGCGAGAAGCGUCAGCAGUACUAUUUACAUCAGUUUGCUGUAGGUCAACCGGAUUUGAACUACCGCAACGAAGCGGUGAUAGAGGAGUUUGAUGAAGUUCUGCGCUACUGGAUGCGGAAGGGAGCUUCCGGAUUUCGAAUCGAUGCCAUCAACCAUAUGUUCGAAGUGGAAGAUCUUCGCGAUGAACCGAUCAACGAUCCGAGAGAUCCCAACAGCUACGGUUACACACAUCACAUCUACACGAAAGAUCUCCCGGAGACAUACGAAGUGAUCGCUCGCUGGCGUAAGGUUAUCGAUGAUUUCGUGACGGAAAACGAUUCCGAGACAAUCAUUAUGAUGACUGAAGCGUACGCCAAUUUAUCUAUGACGAUGAAGUUUUACGAAUCGGAUGAUGGUACUCAGCAGCGGGCUCAUUUCCCGUUUAACUUCGCAAUGAUUGAAGACUUGAACGAUGGCUCCAAUGCUCACCAUUUCAAAUAUGUGAUUGAUCGAUGGUUGGACAACAUGCCUCGUGGUAAGGUCACCAACUGGGUGCUGGGUAACCAUGAUAAGCCUCGUAUUGCUAGUCGCUACGGUCGGGAACGGAUCGAUGGAAUGGCAUUGAUUCUGAUGGUGCUUCCUGGAGUAGCGGUCGUGUACAAUGGGGAGGAAAUCGGUAUGGAGGACUACCGCGAUAUGUCCUACGAAGACAGCUUGGAUCCCCAGGGAUGUAACUUGGGGGAGGAAGGCUACAAAUGGGCAUCACGAGAUCCUCAGCGAACUCCGUUCCAGUGGGAUGAUACUUUCAACGCUGGAUUCUCAAAGUCUAACAAAACAUGGCUUCCAAUGAAUCCACUCUACAGGCAGACCAAUCUGCUGAAGCAAAAAGAAGCCGACUACAGUACCUACCAAUUCUACGUCGAUUGCUUGCAGCUACGCAAGGAACGCAUUUUGACUCAUGGAGACUUCCGAUCUCGCGCCUUCAACGACGAUGUGUUUGCCUUCGUUCGAUUCCUUCGGGAAAAUGAAAACCGCGAAAAGGAUCCCUACUAUGUAGUGCUGGUCAACUUCCAAGGAAACACUCAUACGGUGGAUGUGAAGGAACUGUACCAGUUUGUGGGUGACAGUGCUACGGUCAGAUUGGUUGGCACCGAGUCCCGUCACAUGGUCGGUCAUAGCGUCAACACCACCGCGGUGACACUGGGCCCCUACGAAUCCAUCGUGAUCGGUGGAAUCAGUGCGGCGGUUGGAGUUCAUCUUUCGAUGGGAUUGCUUAUUGCAGCUCUAGUUAAGUAUCUGUUCUUGUGAGGAAAUUGAAUAAA